AUGGAUGCUUGCUCCUGCCCCCAGCACGCCUCCUGUGUCAAUGGAACCGCCUGUGCCUGCGACCUCGGGUACACUUCCAGCUCUGGGCAGGACGUGUUCACCUUCCCCUUGGAAACGUGUGACGAUGUUGACGAGUGUGCGCCUCCUAUGAAUGUGUCUUGUGGACCAAGCGCCCAGUGCCACAACCUCGCGGGAUCCUUCGACUGCCGCUGCGUGGCCGGAUUCCAACUGGCUUCUGGUGGCGUGCGGUUCAAUCAUUCCAAGGAAAACACUUGUCACAAAACCAACUCCUCAAAGGCAGUCCAGAACAACAAGCAGCUGCGGGAAAUUGUCAGCAGGUCUGAGUCACUUCUCACCAAUCAGACUCUGUGGAGAAGAGAAGACAAACGAGAAAUCGCCUUCAUGGCCUCAUCGCUGCUCCAAGAUGUAGAAUCAAAGGUUCUGGAAGCGGCCUUGAAAACUCCAGGGCAAAAAAUCCAGAAAGUCUUCAACAGGACAGUGGCUGCUGCAACCCAGGUGGUUGGGGACAAAUGCUCUGAAGAAAGAAAGGUGUUCACCUUAAACAUCCAAAUGAACUCCAUGCAGAUCCACUGCGAUGAUGUCAUCGAGGAAAAUGCACAAGGUCCCAGCGCCAUUGCCUUUAUCGCCUAUUCUUCUCUGGGACACAUCCUCAAUGAAACUUUCCUUGAAGAGAGAGAGAUGAUCCAGCCUAGUUCCCUGGACUUCCGAGAGACGACAGAGGCGGAGGAGCCAGUGCGCCUGAACUCCCAGAUAGUGAGUGCCACCUUCGGAUCCAGCUCCGGCAGCGGGAGCCCCUACCUCCCCGGCUUCGUCACCCUUACCCUGCAGCACGUGAAGAAGAACCCUCGCAGCACCAGGACCCUCUGUGUGUACUGGGAAGCCACCAGUGUGGGCGGCCACUGGGCCACAGACGGUUGCUUCCUGGUCAGCGUGAACCAAAGCCACACUGUGUGCAAUUCCACUCACUUGUCCAGCUUCGCUGUCCUCAUGGCCUUGACCAACCUGGACGCCGACCCCGCCCUGGCCCUCAUCACCCAAGUGGGGCUCAGCCUCUCUCUGCUCUGCCUCCUCCUGGCCGCCCUCACCUUCCUCCUGUGCAGGGCCAUCCGGAACACCAGCACCUCCCUGCACCUGCAGCUCUGCAUCUGCCUCUUCCUGGCCCACCUCCUCUUCCUCACUGCCAUCAAUCACACCCAACCCAAGGUGCUCUGCGCCAUCAUCGCCGGGGCCCUGCACUACCUCUACCUGGCGGCCUUCACCUGGAUGCUGCUGGAGGGCCUGCACCUGCUCCUCACCGCCCGCAACCUGACGGUGCUCAAUUACUCAGGCAUACACAAGUUCAUGAAGUGGCUCAUGUAUCCGGUGGGCUACGGGGUCCCCACCCUCAUCGUGGCUCUCUCAGCAGUGGCCAGGCCUCACCUGUAUGGAUCGCCUGAUCGCUGCUGGCUCCAGCUAGACCAGGGGUUCAUCUGGGGUUUCCUUGGCCCAGUCUGUGUCAUCAUCUCUGUGAAUUUGGUAUUUUUUGUCUUAGUCCUUUGGAUUUUGAAAAGGAAACUUUCUUCUCUCAACAGUGAAGUGUCAACCAUCCACAACACAAGGAUACUGACACUCAAAGCAACAGCUCAGGUGUUCAUCCUGGGCUGCUCUUGGUGCCUGGGCGUCCUGCAAGUGGGAGCGGCUGCCCAGGUCAUGGCCUACCUGUUCACCAUCAUCAACACCCUGCAGGGUGUCUUCAUCUUCCUCGUCUACUGCCUGCUCAGCCAACAGGUCCGGAAACAAUACCAGAAGUGGUUUACAGACAUCACAAAACCAAAAUCAGCAUCUGAGGCAUAUGCACUUUCCAGCAAGUCUGGUCCUGACACAAGACCCAGUACUGCUGAGACCAAGUGAAGAGGAAACAUUAAAUUGAGAACAUUCCACCACUCCAUUUAGAAAUCCACACCCACAAAUCCUGUUGGCAGCUUGCGGAGUGGAACUGAGGAUGGAGGCUCGUGGCACAUUUGAUGGUGGGAAGAAAGCCUGAACCUUUGCUUCCUGCAGCAUUUGCUGCACAUGAUAAGCUCUCAGUAAAUGUGUGUUGGGUUG